GCCGCGGAGGCUUCGUCCGCCUUGAAACGAGCGUUCAUAAUAAUCGGGCCGCCACGUGACGACGAAAUAUUCCAUCGCGGGGGCUUCCCUUUUACCGAAUAAUCUCAUGCGGCUCCCCGCCCAUAGAGACUUCAAUUUAUCUCGAAAAUAAGUGCACGAAUAGUGAGGAAAAACGUCCCCGAGUUGCCGGCAACUACGAUCCGUCAUGCGGUUUUGGGGGCUGCUGCUUAUUUUGCCCCUCGUCGUCCGACAAUCCGACACCGAAAAUCUCACUCCGCCUUAUUUCAAUUUAGCCGAAGGAAAGAAAAUCUACGCUUCCGCAACUUGCGGUUACAACACGACCGGACCCGAAUUAUUUUGCAGAUUGGUCGGUGCUAAUUCCGAUCAGAACGAGGAUAUUAAUCUCAUCCAGGGACAAGUUUGCGAUUAUUGCGAUCCAUCGAAUCCGGAGAAAAACCAUCCGCCCGAACAUGCCGUCGAUGGGAUGGAAACCUGGUGGCAAUCCCCGCCCUUGUCACGUUCCAUGAAGUACAACGAGGUCAACCUCACCAUCGACCUGGAACAGGAAUUUCACGUCGCGUAUGUUUACAUCCGUAUGGGAAAUUCGCCUCGCCCAGGCCUGUGGAUCCUCGAGAAAUCGAAAGAUUACGGAAAAACUUGGUCACCGUGGCAAUACUUUUCGGAUUCUUCGAGCGAUUGUCUAACCUACUUUGGGAUCGACAGUCACGCGCCGAUAACCCGAGACGACAGCGUCAUCUGCACGACGGAAUACUCGAAAAUCGUGCCCCUCGAAGGUGGCGAAAUACCUAUUUCCAUUCUCAACAAUCGACCAUCCGCCAAGCACUAUUUCAAUUCGACGCUCCUGCAAGAAUGGACGAGAGCGACCAACGUCCGAUUUCGAUUUUUGAGGACGAAAAAUCUGCUCGGACAUUUGAUGUCAGUUGCGAGACAAGAUCCGACUGUUACGCGACGUUAUUUUUACUCGAUAAAAGACAUCAGCAUCGGUGGUCGCUGCAUGUGCAAUGGCCACGCUGAUACCUGUGACAUUCUAGACCCGUCUGAGCCAAAGAAACUCGUUUGUCGAUGUCAGCACAACACUUACGGACCUCAAUGUGCAUCCUGCCGCCCGGGAUUCCAGCAGAAAAAGUGGCAGCAGUCCACGACCUUCAAGAAGUUCACUUGCGAGCCUUGCAACUGUUUCGGCCACUCGAGCGAGUGCGUAUACGAUCCGAAGAUCGACGAGGACCAUUUGUCUCUUGAUAUCCAUGGCAAUUACGAGGGCGGUGGAAUCUGCCAAAAUUGUACACACAACACCGAAGGAAUCAACUGCAAUCGUUGCAAACCUCGGUUCUACAGACCUCGAGACAAACCGCUCAAUGCCACGGACGUUUGUCAACCUUGCAACUGCAACUAUUCAAAUUCGACGGGUAACUGUGCGGAUUUGACGGGAAGAUGCGAGUGUCGUUCGGAGUUUACGCCGCCGAAUUGCGACACGUGUAACUACGGUUAUUUCGGUUACCCGAACUGUCGUCCCUGCGAGUGUUUCCUGAACGGCACCUCGGGUUACCAUUGCGAGGCGAAGCAGGGUUCGUGUCCCUGCAAGUCGAAUUACGCCGGUCACUAUUGCAACUUGUGUGCCGAGGGUUAUUACAAUUUCCCGGAUUGUUUGGCCUGCGCUUGCGCGGAAAUCGGUUCGAGGAGCGACGUGUGCGACGUGGUAAGCGGGAAUUGCACGUGCAAGAAUAACUUCGGCGGUCGAAGCUGCGAGACUUGCGAGCACGGUUACUACGGCUACCCGACGUGCACCUUCUGCAACUGCGACGCCCGGGGAACCGAGAAGGAGGUUUGCAACAAGGAAAGUGGAAGGUGCUUGUGCAAGGAGGGUUACGGAGGGGCGAGGUGCGACCAAUGCGUCAGCGGAUAUUACGGAUACCCGAACUGUCGUCCCUGCAACUGCAGCUCGAUCGGCUCCUCCCUGGUCAGCUGUGAUUCGUCGGGCAAAUGUUCGUGUCUGGACAACUUCGCGGGGCGUACGUGCGACCAGUGCAGUCCAGGGUACUACAAGUACCCGGAGUGCAUAGCCUGCGACUGCGACAGCCACGGCUCGAUCGGAGUGUCGUGCGACUCCGAGGGGGAAUGCCAGUGUCACGAGAACUUCGACGGUCCGCGCUGCGACCAGUGUACGGAAGGAUUUUACAAUUUCCCACGGUGCGAAGGCUGCAACUGCGACCCGGCCGGGGUCGUGAGGUCUUUCACCGGGUGCGGUUCCCUGCCGGCGGGCGAGCUGUGCCAGUGCAAGGACCGGGUCGAGGGUCGAAUCUGCAACGAGUGCAAGCCCCUCUACUGGAAUCUUGUGGCCUCGAAUCCGGAGGGGUGCGAGAGCUGCCGAUGCCACAUACCCGGGGUGAUCGGUAACAUCGGGGAAUGCGAGCCGAAGAGCGGCCAGUGCAUCUGCAAGCCGGGCUCGACGAGUCGGGACUGCUCGCAGUGCGUCGACGGGACGUACAACCUCCGGGAGUCGAAUUUAUUCGGAUGCGACGAUUGCGGCUGCGACAUCGGGGGCUCGGUGAGCAGCAUUUGCAACAAGGAAACCGGCCAGUGCGUCUGCCAGCCCAGGGUCACCGGGGCCGACUGCAAGCAGCCUCUGCAGGCUCAUUACUUCCCGACGCUUCAUCAAUUCCGCUACGAAGUCGAAGACGGCCGGACGCCGUCGAACGGCGCCGUUCGCUACGGCUACGACGAGGAGCACUUCCCGGAUUACAGCUGGAAAGGCUACGCCGUGUUCAACAUUCUCCAGGACGAAAUAAUCCAAAAAGUUUUGGUCCAACAGUCCUCUCUUUACCGAAUGGUCCUGAGGUUCGUCAACCGCAACGGGGAGCCGGUCAUCGGCAAGAUCGUCAUAACGCCCGACAACCCGAACGAGUCCGAGCAGUCUUCCGACGUCCAAUUCAAGCCGAGCGUCGAACCCGCCUUCGUGACCGUCGCCGGCGUCCACGGCAAUUCGCCGACCCCGUUCGUCAUGAAUCCCGGCUACUGGACGAUCAGCAUCGCGACCGACAAGAGCCUCUUCCUCGAUUACUUCGUGCUCCUUCCUUCCGAAUAUUACGAGGCGACGCUCCUCACUCAGGACGUCAACGUGCCCUGUCAGAUCGGCUACAAAGGUCUCUGUCGCCACUUCGGAUAUCCGAGUCUCGAGCCGUUCGACUCCGUUCGCGGUACGGGGGGCUUCGUCGACGAGAACGGCGUCCGAAUACCCCUCAACGAGUACUUGACCGACCGGCCGGUUUUGGCCGAAGUCGGAGUCGAGGAAAUUCCGCUUAUAAACAGGGCCCAGGAGGAGAUACACUUCGAACUGAGGAUCGCGAAGCCAGGCUUCCACGUGCUCGUCAUAACUUAUUUGACGGCGUCGAACGAGGACGUGACCUCGACCCUCCUCGUGGAGGCGAACACCUCCGGGAAAGGGAGAGCGACUCUGUACCCGUGCAAAUACACGAGCAUCUGCAGACAAGUGGUGACCGAUCGAUACGGCAAGAUCGCGGUGUUGAAUUUCCCCUCGAAUUACGUCAGUCUCGUGCUGACCGGGGAGCCCGAUUCGAACGUCGCGAUCGAUUCGAUAGUCGCGAUCCCUUACGAGGAUUGGUCCCUCGAUUACAUCCAGCCGAAGUCGGUCUGCGUCCGUAAGGACGGCAAAUGCGUCCAGGGGAUGUUCCCCGACGCCGGGGACCCUAAGAAAGUCGAAUUCGCCACGGGGAACGAGGAGCUCGACAGCGGCUUCCGGCCAGCGGGUAUCUACGACAACGCGACGAAGCUCGUCCACCUGAAGGACGAGGACGCGCUCGUCGACAUAAGGACGACGGUUCCCCAGCCCGGGGAAUACGUCUUCGUCGUCCUUUACUACCAACCGGAUCACCCGGGCUUCGAGCUCGAGGUUUUGCUCCAGAACGGUAAAUUCUACGAAGCGAAAUUGCCCCUCGGGCACUGUCCGAGCAACAGCGGGUGUCGCGCGACUCUGACCCAGGCCGAUGGCAACGAGAGGUUCCAGCUCGUUGAGAACGUCGUUUUGAGCUUCAAAGCCGCCCCCGGUGCGAGCGUCUGGCUCCACUACAUUCUCAUCGUGCCCGCGGAUCAGUACAACGCCAAAGUGCUAAAGAAGAUUCAGUUCGAUCAAACGAAGGACUUCAUAAAGCGCUGCGGCAACAAUCACUUCCAUUUGAACGUCACGGACGAAGGUUUCUGCAAAGAUUCUGUCUUCUCUCUGACGACUCACUACAACAACGGGGCUCUGCCGUGCCACUGCAUCCGCGAGGGGACCAAGAGCUUCGAGUGCGCCAAGUUCGGGGGCCAAUGUCCCUGCAAGGACAACAUCAUUGGGAGGAGAUGCGAGAUCUGUAAAACCGGAUUUUACGGAUACCCGAACUGCAAGCCUUGCGACUGUCCGAGCACCGCGAUCUGCGAGCCGGAAACGGGCGAGUGCAUUUGUCCGGAGAGGGUCGUCGGGGAGCUCUGCGACCAGUGCGAGAUCGGCACGUACGGUUUCCACCCGAUAAUCGGUUGCGAGGAGUGCGACUGUUCCCCGCUGGGUGUCCUCGACGGGGAUCUCCAGUGCGAUUUGUUCGCCGGCAAUUGCACUUGUAAGAGAAACGUCGUAGGCCGUAAAUGCGACAAGUGUCAAGCCGGCUUCUCCCAGUUCCCGCACUGCGAGAAGUGCGACUGCGACGUCCGCGGUACCACGAAAGACAUCUGCGAUCAGUACACCGCCGAGUGCUACUGCAAAUCGAACGUCCAGGGCUCCGCCUGUGACGUUUGCAAAGAAGGGACCUUCAACAUCCAAGCGGACAACUCCGAGGGCUGCUCCAAGUGUUUCUGCUUCGGCAAAACGAGCCGUUGCUCAUCUGCCAAUCUCUACAAAACAUUCACCAACAAUAUGAUCGACUGGGACGUUGUUAUCGUCGACGAAAAGACCCCUGGCAACGUCACCGUCCUCAACGUCGAGCCUCAGGACAUCAACGACACCACGACCAUCGUCGGCCUCACGAGCCCGGAGACCUUUUCCAACAUAGUUUAUUUCUCCGCUCCUGGUAAUUACCUCGGUAAAAAAUUGACCUCUUACGGCGGCCUGUUGAACUACACGGUCCACUACACGACCGGGCCCUUCGGCGAGGCUGUUCCAGGCGCCGACGUUGUUCUCUACGGCGCCGGCGCCUUCCUCCUCCAUUAUUGCGACGAGCAACCGCCCUCUUCCACUCGCUUCCACGCCUCCUUCAAACUCGUUGAGAGCAACUUCCUCACAUCGACGAAUUUGCCGGUCAGCCGGGAGCAACUGCUCACCGUUCUCGAGGACCUUCAAGGCAUUUACAUCAGAGCGACCUACUGGAAGCCCAGCGUCCAAGCCAUGAUUUCUGACGUCACACUCGACGAGGCUACCGACCUUUACAGCUACAAUAGCGCCCCCGUCAGCAGCGUCGAACACUGCCAAUGUCCACCCAACUAUCAGGGAUUGUCUUGCGAAGAAUGCGCGCCUGGUUACUAUCGCGUCGAUUCUGGACCCUCCGGAGGCUACUGCGUCAAGUGUCAGUGCAACGGACACGCCGAAACUUGCGACGUCAAGACCGGAGUUUGCCACGACUGCAAGAACGGCACAACGGGAGAUCACUGCGAGUACUGCGAGGAAGGAUACUACGGGAACGCGACGGGUGGAACCCCCUCGGACUGUUUGAUAUGCGCGUGCCCACUGCCAAUAGCGUCGAACAAUUUCGCGAAUAGUUGCGAGGUGAACGAGGACGGUGACAAGAUAAGUUGCGAUUGUAAGCCGGGGUAUUACGGUGCGCGGUGCGAGUCGUGUGCGGCAGGUUACUUCGGAAGGCCGGAGGUCGAGGGGGCUUAUUGUCAGUCGUGCGAGUGUUCAGGGAACAUCGAUACGAACGAGAUCGACGCGUGCGAUUCGAUAACGGGCCAGUGUCUGCGCUGUUUGAACAACACUUACGGAGAGGCUUGCAAUUUGUGCGCCCCCGGUUACUUCGGGGACGCCGUGGGCCGCAAAGACUGUCAGAGUUGUUUGUGCGAUCAAUGCGGAAUGGAAAAGUGCGACAGUUACAACGGGAUUUGCGAGUGCAAGAGGAACGUAAUCGGCGAAAAGUGCGACACCUGCGAGGUCAACCAUUUCGGGUUUUCCACUUGCAACGGGUGCGAAGCCUGCGACUGCGGCUUGGCUUCGGACAGCUCACAGUGCGACGAGGCGACCGGACAGUGCAGGUGCAAGCCCGGGGUGACCGGACGCAAAUGCGACCGCUGCAUCGCCGGCUACUGGAACUACGGACCGGAAGGGUGCAUCUCCUGCGGCUGCAACACCGGCUACUCGAUCGGUGCCUCGUGCAACACGACGACGGGCCAGUGCUCCUGCUUGCCCGGGGUUAUCGGGGAAAAAUGCGACCACUGUCCGCACCGGUGGGUUCUGAAGGAAGGCGACGGUUGCUACGAGUGCGACUCCUGCAUCGACAACCUCCUCGACGUCACCGUCGAACUCGACGCUCUCCUGACGCCGGUUUUGAAGGAAUUCGAAACCCAAGCCGAGAGCCACUUCACCAACCAACGACUCAGGUUCAUCAAUGAGACGGUGAAGAAAUUGGAGCCGGAAGUGCAGUCUCUCGAUCCAACGAGAAUCGACUUCGUGCCGCUGCAACGGGAAAUCGCGCGGUUGGAACAGGACGUCACGAACCAACGACGACAGAUCGAAUACAUGGCGGAGGACAGCACCACUUGGAAAAAGGGGGCUGAAAACACUCUGCGGGACAUGAACGCUCUGGAAACGGAGGUUCUCGGAGAGAUUGAACUCGUCGAAAAGAUCGUCGGGGAAGUUCAGUCGCUCGCUUUCAACGUGGAAAGCGGUACCGGGGCUAAACUGGACUCAGCGCUCGAGGAAGCCGAGGAAAUACUGAAGCAGAUCAAGGACGUUUCUUUCACCAAGUUCCGGGACGCCGCCAACGACAAAGCCGGCCAAGCGAACAUCCUCGUGUCCGAAAUGAUCGACUACAGUUUUCCCGUGAGCAAUUUGAGCUCGACGAGCGACCAUCUCGCCGAAAAGGUGAAAAACUUCACUGCCAAAGUCGACGACCUUCUCAAACUCGCCGACAGAGCUGACAAAUUGGCUGCCACGGCGAACGACCUCAUCAGCGAAACGAAGAGAGCCGGCCAAGUCAGCAACUUUGACCUGGUGAAAAACUUCACCGGGGAAGCCCGCGAAGACAUCGCCGCUGGCGCCGAACUCAACAGCAACGCAACUUUCUAUCUCCACGAAGCCGACCAUCGAAUCGACGACUUGAAACACAACGAGAUCGAUACCGCCGCCGAAAAACUCCGAGGAACCAUCGAGCGCAACGACCAGCAGCUCUACGACAUGGACGCCCUCGCCCUACGCGCCGAAAACCACGCCAGAAACCUCUACAAUCUUUCUCUCGAGCUCGACAACGUCCUCACCGACACUCGCAACACCAGCGCCGUCCGGGCCGUCUCAGCCUAUCGCGACAUCGACGAAACCAUUGGAGAGGCUCGCCAAGACGCCGCCGAAGCUCUUCAGGCUGCCAACAAUGCCACGACCAUGUCUCAAGGCGUUGGCAAAAGGACGAACGACGCUCGCACCAAGUCGAUGAACCUUUUCCAAGAAGCGAUCGAUGCGCUCUCCAAAACCAAUGGUAAAUUGAAACAAGACCUUCGCGAUGCCCAAUACGACGUUUCCGAAAUCACUAAACAGAACAAAAGAAACGAAGAUGCUUUGGACGUGAUCGAUUUGAGAAUACGAAAUCUUCACAACGACCAAUACGACGCUUCCGGGCUGGCGAAUCGGAACCAAGGAAACGCCGACGGAUCGUCAUUGAUCGAUGAAUUCACGAGGGAAGCUGCCGACUUGAACCAUUCCGUAGGCGAAAAACUCGAUAAAUUGAAUGGAAUCGUUGAAAAAAUACCGGAAAAUCUCAAAGCCACGAAACAGUUGUCAAAGGACACGGCCGACGCGAUAAGGGACGUGUCCCAGGGCCGAAAACAAUUGGAUUCUGUGAACAAAAUCUUACCGAACAUCGAAGACUUGCUGAAGAAACUGGGCGACAAGCAGAGAGGCAUCGAGUCGAGGGGCAACGAUUUGUCACAAAAGCUCGAAAUGUUGAAGACCAAAGUUGCAAACGCAAGAGAAUUGGCUGGCAGAGUUAAAACCGGUGUAACCUUCUACAGGAACACGACUCUCGAGCUCAAGAACCCGGAGAGUCUUCCGCUGCUGGCAACCUCCACGAAACUGUCGCUCUACUUCCGCACCAACAAAACGAACGGUUUCCUCCUCUACUUGGGUAACGAGGACAACACGAAAGUGCCACGAACCAAGACCCAGGACUACAUGGCGCUGAUGAUCGAGAGCGGAUUCCCCGUCCUGAUAAUGGACCUCGGUUCCGGUCCGGAGAAAGUGAUAAGCAAAAAGUUCGUCUCGGACGACGUAUGGCGUCAGAUAAUCGUCGAUCGUACCGGCAAAAACGUCAAGUUCAUCGUCCGGGAGGAUCGUGGCGAUGGUAAAGACCAGCUUUACGUAACGGAGCAGGUUAUUUCCGGUAGUUACGCGAUAUUCAACCUGGACAAGGAUCACUCGAAGCUCUUCGUCGGGGGUUAUCCAUCGUCCUUCCAAAUCCAGGACGCGGUUACAGCUUCGUCGUUCGAGGGUGCGAUGGAGGAGCUCGUCGUCGGUGACAUUCCAGUUUCUUUCUGGAACUUCGUCCACGCUGAGAACAACGCUCCUGCAGGAGAACGCGACACCCUGUCGGACCUCGCGCCGCCGACUGGUUUCAGAUUCGACAGGAAUGGCUUCGCGAUGAUGAGCAUGAAGACGGCCAAGGUCCAGUGGGACACUCUCAAGUUCCGCAUUACUCUGAAAUUCAAAACUUUCGCUGAAAACGGUUUGAUUUAUUUGAUGAAACGUAAGAACCAAUACCUGUCGAUCGAGAUGAACAGCGGCAGGGUGAUCUAUCAAUUCGAUCUCGGGGACGGCGAGAUCGUUCUGAGGUCGGAAGACAAAUACAACAACGGUGAAUGGCACACGCUCGAAGCGAAGAGGCUCAAGACCGUCGGGGUGCUGGAAAUCGACGGGGUCCUCGUUGCCAAAGCCGGAGGAAACGGCCGUGCCGAGAGCCACCGGGCAUCCGAUGCUUUCUACGUUGGCGGGCACGCGCCCGACGACCAUAUUCCAAGCACGGUGACGAGCUUAGGUUUCGACGGGUGCAUCGACGACCUCGUGAUUCUCGACACGUCGAUAGACCUCAGUCGAAACCUCCAUGCUCUCGGAGUCAUGCCGGGUUGUCCCGUCAAAUUCGCGAGCCUCGUGUCCUUCGACGUCGACAAGCCGGGUUACGUCAAGUGGAACAACAUCACGGCGGACAACGUGCUUCAGAUUAAUUUGAAGUUCAAGACCAAAGCGAGCAACGGUCUCAUAUUCUACGCCACGAAUCCCGAUCAAACCGUCAACACUUUCCUUUCGCUCGUCGACGGUCGCCUCGUCUUCAAAAGCCAGGGCGAAGAGCUCCGGACGCAAUCGAGUUCAGGGCGCGUCUUCAACGACGACGAAUGGCACGUCGUGACCGCGACUCACGUCGAUCAGUCGCUCCAGCUCGACAUCGACGACACGGAGAAUUACAACGCCGACAUCGGCUCUUCCUUGUCGAGCGUCGUCGACGGCGUGCUCUACAUCGGCGGCUUGCCUAAUACUUUCGGCGCCGGAGCCGAAGUCUCCAAAUCCACGAUGCCCUUCGUCGGAUGCAUCGGCGAUACGACCCUCAACGGUGCCAUUAUCAACUACGCCAGUACGAAAGAAAAACCAAACGCCUUCCUGGGCAAGUGCACCGGUGGAGAACAGUCGCCUUCGCCCCCUCUCGUUGAGCCGGUCAUACCCAACUGGCCUCCGCCCCCCGUCACCGACGACUACGAAGUCGCCACUUCCGCCUCGAGCACUCUACAGAGCGUCAUCGAAAUCGACGAGGACGAGAACGAGGGAAACACGAUGAGCGCUGGCAACGUCCCGCUCGAAGGUCGACCCCGCGAACCUCCGGUCACUGCUCCUUCUCCUGUCACCGAAAGACUUCCGGACCUGGAACCGAUAACCACGGAGGAAUCAAUAACACCGCCACCGGACGUUGACCAGUGUCGCUUACCUUACAGCCCGGCUUACGACGACGAAACCGAGAACGCCUGGAGAUUCGGAACCGUCAGGUACAGCAGACUCGAGUACCGAACCCUGCGAGGACGCUACAGGCACGACUACGAUUUCCAGAUCGACUUCAAGACCCUCGCCGACGACGGUAUCAUUUUUUACAGCGGUGAUCUCAACCGUCAAGAUUUAAUAGCCGUUUACGUUCAGGACGGCCGAAUCAAUUACAAGUUCGAUUGCGGCAGCGGACCGGCCGUUCUCACUGGUGAAAAUAAAAUCAACGACAAUCAAUGGCACACCGUUGUUUUCAAGAGAAAAGAUAAUUACGGCGAAUUGCUCGUCGACGAGGAACCCAUGAUCACCGGUUACUCCCAAGGUCAAUCCAAAAUCAUAAACGUCAAUCCACCCUUCUACGUCGGCGGCGUUUUGGCUGAACUUUCCAACAACGUUAUCGCCAACAUUGGCCUCAACAAAUCCUUCACCGGUUGCCUCGGCAAUUUCAUGAUGAACGGACAACCCGUUGGCGAACCCGAAGACAAAGUCGGCGUCGUUCCCUGCUCCAAACGCGUCGAACCAGGACUCUUCUUCUACCCUGGCGAUGGCACCAACUUGUUCAAGGCUGUUGAUCGAUUCAGCGUUAGACGCAGCGUCGACAUCCAAUUGGAUAUCAAACCUCGAUCCACCUCCGGACAUCUCUUGUCUAUCCACGGCAGACGCGACUUCUUACUCCUCGAAAUGGUCAAUGGAACCAUCAAGUUCCUCGUCCGGACUGCCAAGGGACCUAUCGAAACUUCCUUCAUACCGACCACUCUGCAUUCUCUCUGCGAUGGAAAUUGGCACAAUAUCAGAGCUAUCAAACAGAGGAACGUCGUUUUAUUAUCGGUCGAUCACAACUCCGCACCUCCCGGCAUCGGAGGCAAAACUGUGGCGGAUGUUUUGACCAAGCAUCCGGUAUUCAUCGGUGGACAUCCCUUGCUCAGCAAAAAGUUACGUGGUAGUACUUCUCACGCGCAAUAUGUCGGCUGUAUCAGAAAUAUAGUGAUAAACGGACAAACAAUAAGCUUGGAUCCCGAGAGAGCUUACGGAAAAGUAUCGACGGGAGUGUGUCCGACGAUUUAACAAAAUUCACAGGGCUCAUCUUAAGAAUUAACAAAUUUACCUCACUGUGAAUUCAUCCGAACUUUGCCCAAUAUUUUCUUCAAUUUUUUGUAUAAAGAUUUUACAUGAACCAAGUUUUUGAACAAUAAUAAACGACCGAUUGCUAAAAAGAAA